AUGUCUUUCACCUCUGCACAAAAGGGAAAGGCCCGCGCCUCUUCUACACCUAGCUCCUCGUCAGCUUCGUCCUCUUCGGAUAGCGACUCCGACGUGACCUCGAGCUCAUCAGAAAGCGAGAGUGAGAGCGAGUUGGAAGACCCGAAUAAAUACCUCGAACUCGCACGCGAGAAUAUACGGGCCAAGGCUGCAGCCGGGAAGGACGAUACCUUUGUUUCAUUGGCGGAAAUUGACGACGAGGAAGACGUGAUUGCGUUAGGAGAUCCUGAGGAUGUACUACAAAAACUGCCGCCUCUUGACCCUGGUGAACUCCCUGACUCUUACUUCGCGCCUGGACCCAGCAAACGAAAAGAUGCACGGCAAGCACGCGACCUCGAUGCUGCACGUACAAUAUCCGCGGCGGAGAAGCUGCAGCUCGGCGCACCGGCACCGCCCGUCCCUUCCAAGCCAUCAGGGAAAGAUGGGAAACCAUUAACCAAACGGGAGAAGAAAGAGAUGCGCGAGAAAACUGCGGGCAAAGACUGGUUCGACCUCCCUGCACCGCGGGCGGUAGAUUUGCCACGGCUCUACCGUGAAGUCGAGGCGCUGAGGAUGCGCAAUCAACUAGACCCGAAGCGGUUCUAUAGGAAAGAUGAAGGCGAAGGGAAGGGUAUCAAGGGCUUGCCGAAACACUUCGCCAUUGGCCAAAUCAUUCCUACCUCAACUCCGUUUGGUGGUAACGCUGCCACCGACCUUCCGCGCGCAGAACGCAAGCGGACGCUGGUGGACGAGCUCGUCGAUGAUGCGGAAACGGCGCGGUACGCAAAACGCAAGUUCCUUGACUUACAAGGACAGAGGGCGCGGAAUGGCCGGGGAACAUUACAUGAGCGGAAUAAGAAGCGGAAACCGAAGUGGUAG